CAAUUACCCAAAAGUUUCGCUACAAGUCUAUUAUCUAAGCUGAAUAAAUUCCAAAUUCAGGCAAUAGUAGCUUCUCUUCGUAGAAUCAAAUGUGAUCACAAGCCUACCAUGGAACUCAUUUGGGGCCCACCAGGGACGGGGAAAACCAAGACGGUCAGUGUGAUGCUUUUUGCUCUUUUGAGGAUGAACUGUCGGAUCCUUACAUGUGCUCCUACCAAUGUUGCUAUAAAGGAGGUGGCUUCCAGGGUUCUAAUGUUGGUGAGAGAGUCAUUUGAGGCUGAGGAAAAUGAUGCUUUAUUCUGUUGUUUGGGCGAUAUUCUCUUAUUUGGUAACAAGGACGACCUGAAACUUGACUCUGAUAUUGAAGAGAUAUAUCUAGAUUAUCGUGUUAAAAGGCUUGCAGAGUGUUUGGGACCAUUGAUGGGUUGGAGGCAUUGUUUAACUUCAAUGGGAGACUUUCUUGAAGGUUGUGUUUCUGAAUAUGAUGUUUUUGUGGAGAACGAAAUGAUCAAACAAAAGGAAAUGAUCGAACAGAAGGAAUGCAGCAACCAGGAUGAAAGUGGCAAGGCAGAAAUUAAAUCAUUUGUUGAGUUUGUGAGGGGCAGGUUUAAAUCAACUGCAUCACCCCUGAGAAGAUGCAUAUUUGUAUUUUGUACUCAUUUUCCAAGAAGGUUCAUUUUGGGACAGAAUUUUGCAAACAUGCGUAGUCUUGUUGACCUCCUAGAUAAUUUGGAAAAAUCGUUGUUUCGAGACAACAUCACUACUGAAGAACUUAAGGAGGCAUUUUCACAGAAGGAUGGAGGUGAAGAAUUUUGUGAAUCUAUUGUAGGAAUGCCAUCCUUGAAAAACACAAGGAGUAAGUGCCUCUGUGUUGUCAAUACUCUUCAACAUUCUCUUGAAGAACCUGAUCUGCCAAGUGUUUUAAACAAAGAUUCAAUCAUGGAAUUCUGUUUUCAAAGAGCUUCUUUAAUUUUCUGCACUGCUUCUACUUCAUAUAAGCUGCAUUCAGUGGGAAUGGAACCGCUGGACUUACUGGUCAUUGAUGAAGCUGCACAACUAAAGGAGUGUGAAUCAACUAUUCCUCUUCAGCUGCCUGGUUUGAAUCAUGCUAUUCUCGUUGGUGACCAGUGCCAGUUACCAGCAAUCAUUCAUAGUAAAGUUUGUGAGGAAGCUCAGUUUGGAAGAAGCUUAUUUGAAAGAUUGAGUUUGUCGGGGCAUUCUAAGCAUCUUCUAAACAUACAGUAUAGGAUGCAUCCAUCCAUAAGUUUGUUCCCUAAUGGGAAGUUCUAUUUCAACCAAAUUAUGGAUGCACCACAUGUUCAGAGUAAAAGUUACAAGAGGCAAUAUCUUCCAGGGCCAAUGUUUGGUCCUUAUUCUUUUAUAAAUGUUAUUGGUGGCAGGGAAGAAGUGGGUGAUGAUGGACGGAGCAGAAGAAAUAUGGUAGAGGUGGCAAUUGUGGUGAAGAUAGUGCAGCAUUUAUAUAGAGCAUGGAGUAGCUCUCGGAAGACACUUAGCAUUGGUGUGGUAUCUCCUUACGCUGCUCAAGUUGUGGCCAUCCAGGACAAACUUGGGAAAAAGUACGAAAAACUUGAUGGAUUCACGGUGAAGGUGAAGACAAUUGAUGGUUUUCAGGGUAGAGAGGAGGAUGUUAUAGUGAUAACUACUGUAAGAUCUAAUAGCACCGGAUCCGUUGGAUUCGUAACCAGUCCUCUGAGAACUAAAGUUGCAUUAACAAGAGCUCGGCACUGUCUUUGGAUUUUGGGAAAUGAUGGGACCCUAGCUAAUAGUGAUUCUAUUUGGGAGGCAUUAGUCCAUGAUGCGAAGAGCCGCCAAUGUUUCUUUAGCGCUGAUCAAGAUAACGAAAUUGCCAAAGUUAUAUUAGAUGUCAAGAUAGAGCUUGAUCAACUGGAGGAUUUGUGUAAUGAGAACAGUGUACUCUUCAAAAGUGCAAGGUGGAAGGUUAUUUUUAGUGAUAACUUCAAUAUGUCAUUUAAAAAAUUGAGUUCACUCCGUAUAAAAAAGUCAGUUAUAUACCUCUUAUUGAAACUUUCAAGUGGUUGGCGACCUAAAAAGAGGCAUAUGGGCCAACCUUGCGAGAGUUCUUCACAGAUCUGGGAAAGAUUCAAGGUUGAAGGGCUUUAUGUUGUUUGGUCUAUUGACAUAAAGAAAGAAUCAACAUACUUCCAAGUCCUGAAGGUCUGGGAUAUAUUGCCUUUGCAGGAGUUACCAAAGUUGAUAAAACGACUUGAAGGCAUGUUUGCUUUGUAUACUGAGGAUUUCAUUAGUCACUGCAAGCAGAAAUGCCUUGAGGGGCGUUUGGAAGUUCCAAGAAGUUGGGUAAGAUCUAUUGAUAUUGUUCGGUUUAAGAAUCAUGGUGAAAGAAGUUAUGUUGAGAACGCAAAGGUGAGUGAGAGCUUGUUGUUAAUGAAGUUCUAUUCCUUAUCAUCUGGUGUGGUGAGUCACUUGCUUUCUGAUCGUGAUGGGCGAGUGCGAGACCUCCCUUUUGAAGUAACUGACCAAGAAUUGGAGAUUAUCUUAUUCCAAAAAAGUACAUUUAUACUUGGUCGGUCAGGCACUGGUAAGACUACUGUGUUAACCAGGAAAUUGUUUCAGAAGGAGCAACUGUACCAUAUUGCUUCAAAUGGACUUUAUGAAGGUGAGACUAGUACUUCUACAGAUGUGAGCCAGAGGAAUGGUUUUGAUAUGUGCAUUGCAGAGAUCAAUGGAAGUGUCCUGCGACAACUUUUUGUGACAGUCAGUCCAAAACUAUGUUUUGCUGUCAAACAACAUGUGUCUGGACUGAAAAGGUUUUCUGGUGGGGGAAACCUAUCUGAAGAAAACAGCUCAAUUGAUAUGGAUGAAGCAGCCCAAUUUAAUGAUAUCCCGGAUUCUUUUCUAAACAUUGAUCCUAACAAAUACCCUCUUGUUGUUACUUUCCACAAGUUCUUAAUGAUGCUUGAUGGAACAGUAGGUAAUUCCUACUUUGAAAGGUUUCUUGGUCCAAGGGAACUUUUCCUUUGUAAAUCUAGAAGCUCAAGAUCAGUUUCUCUGGAAACUUUCUUAAGAAGCAAGGAGGUUAACUAUGAGAGGUUUUGUAGAGAGUAUUGGCCUCAUUUUAAUCGUCUACUAACAAAGAAGCUUGAUCCUUCCAGAGUGUUUACUGAGAUAAUUUCUCAUAUAAAAGGUGGUUUGAGAGCAGGCAAGACACAAGAAGGUAAGCUCUCCCAAAAGGAUUAUGUUUCCCUUUCUGAGAGUCGGACCACCUUGAACAAAGCGAAUAGAGAGAUGAUUUAUGCUGUUUUCCAAGAUUAUGAGAAAAGAAAAAUGAAAAAUGGUGAGUUUGAUGUAUCCGAUUUUGUGGUUGAUCUUCAUCUUCGGCUAAAACGUUACAAAUUUGAGGGUGAAGCUAUGGAUUUUGUAUAUAUUGAUGAAGUUCAAGAUCUUACAAUGAGGCAAAUUGCCCUCUUCAAAUAUGUCUGCCGAAAUGUGGAGGAAGGCUUUGUUUUUGCAGGUGACACGGCACAGACUAUUGCUAGGGGAAUUGAUUUUAGAUUCCAAGAUAUACGAUCUCUAUUCUACAAUGAGUUUGUAAUGGAGUCAAAGGGAGACAGUUGUGUUGGAAGAAAGGAGAAAGGGCAUAUAUCAGAGAUUAAAAUCCUAAGUCAAAACUUUCGUACCCAUGAUGGUGUCCUUAGAUUAGCACAGAGUGUGAUUGACCUUCUUUACCAUUUCUUUCGUCAUUCUAUUGAUGUUCUGGAACCUGAGACGAGUCUUAUUUAUGGUGAUGCUCCAUUGCUUCUUGAAUAUAGAAAUGAUGAAAAUCCAAUUGUAACUAUUUUUGGCAAGGGUCGAAUUGGUGGUGGGGACAUAGUAGGCUUUGGUGCUGAGCAGGUUAUCUUAGUACGUGAUGAUUGUUCUAGGAAGGAAAUAUAUAGCUACGUUGGAAAGCAAGCUCUUGUUUUGACUAUUGUGGAGUGCAAGGGCUUAGAGUUUCAGGAUGUAUUAUUGUACAACUUUUUUGGCUCAUCACCUCUGAAAAAUCAAUGGAGAGUAAUCUACCAGUUUAUGACAGAACUAGGUCUGCUUGAUGCUUCUGUGUCCUCUCCAUGUUUCGACGAGGCAACGCACAAUGUCUUGUGUUCUGAACUGAAGCAACUAUAUGUGGCAAUUACUCGCACAAGACAAAGAUUGUGGAUUUGUGAAAACAAUGAGGAGCUCUCGAAGCCAAUUUUUGAUUAUUGGAAGAAGAAAUCCCUUGUCCAAGUAAAACAAUUGGAUGAUUCACUUGCACGGGCUAUGCAAGUUGCAAGCAGUCCAGAUGAAUGGAAGUCACGCGGAGAAAAGCUAUUUUAUGAGAAUAACUUUAAGAUGGCAAAAAUGUGCUUUAAAAGGGCUGGGGACACAAUGUGGGAAAGAAGGGCCAAGGCUUCUGGCCUUAAGGCAGCUGCAGACAGAAUACGGGGCUCGAAUCCUGAAGGGGCUAGCACUGACCUUAGGCAAGCUGCUGAGAUAUUUGACUCCAUUGGUAGAGCUGAGUCUGCUGCCGAGUGUUUUUGUGACUUGGGGGAGUAUAAAACUGCAGGGAGACUUUAUUUGGAUAAGUGUGGGGAAUCCGGGCUUGAGAAAGCCGGGGAGUGUUUUGCUCUGGCAGGUUGUCAUAAACUUGCAGCUGAAGUGUAUGCUAGGGGAAAUUAUUUUUCAGAGUGCUUGUCGGCUUGCACCAAAGGAAAACUAUUCGACAUGGGUUUGCAGUACAUCCACUACUGGAAACAGCUCGCUGCUAGAGAUAAUGUCAUGGUUAAAAUAGGUAAAGAAAUAGACAUAAUUGAACAACGGUUCCUAGUAAGCUCCGCGCUUCAUUAUUAUGAGGUCAAGGAUAACCGAUGCAUGAUGAAGUUUGUGAUGGCUUUCAACUCAUUGAAUGCAAAACGCAACUUCUUGAAGUCCUUGAAUUGUCUCGAUGAGCUUCUGGCCGUGGAAGAAGAAUCAGGAAACUUUUUGGAGGCUGCAGAGAUUGCGAAGCUGAAAGGGGAUCUUCUGCUUGAGGCUGAUCUGUUGGGGAAGGCUGCGCAUUUUAAGGAGGCGUCCAUGCUUAUGUUAUGGUAUUCCUUCUCCAAUUCUCUAUGGGCAUCUAGAGGCAGGGGUUGGCCACUUAAGGAUUUUGCUCGAAAGGAGGAGAUUGUAUCUAAAGCUAAGUCAUUCGCAGGAAAGACAGAAUCCGAUAUUUUUUAUGAGUUUGUUUGCACUGAAGUGAACAUUUUAUCAACAGAAGAAACGGGCUUGCUCCAGUUGAACCAGUAUUUGGAUGCUUCUAGGCAUAAUAAGAGCCUCAGAGGUGAAUUCUUGUCCAUACGAAAAAUACUGGAUCAUCAUCUGCAUUCAGAAAUCUCCAAGUAUGCGUGGGAAGAUGAACUGGCUGAUGAUCAUCUGAUAAAACAUUCAGGAGAGAGAAUUUCGCAUAAUCUUGUUUCUGCUGGAACACUGAUGUACUUUUGGAAUCUUUGGAAGGACAAGGUUGAACAUAUAUUUGAGUACCUAGGAUGUCUUGAAACAGAUCAUGUUAGCAAACAUAUCAAUUAUGGCGACUUUAUUUUGAACUAUUUUGGUCUGCGGAGGCAGUUGAAAAAUAUGAAUACCAAUUACCUUUUUCUCAUCCCUGACGCUGAUUGGGUGAGAGAGAUUGAUGACAGGUAUCUUUGGAGAAGUGGGAAGUUGGUGUUUGCAGAUGCUCGCCAGUUUGUUUCGGCUGCUAAAAGUCAUUGGAGCUCAGAGUUGCUUGCUGUUGGCAUGAAGGUGUUGGAAACUCUUGAAUUACUUCACAAUCUCGCAAUCAAGAAUAACUCUGUUUAUGGCCAAAGCCUUCUCCUCCUCUAUAUCUUUGAGGUAACAAAGUUUCUUUUAGGGUCCAAGUAUCUUGACCGUAAGUAUCAUGAUACUCUAUCACUGAACACAUCUCUUGAGCUAUCUAUGGGGUACUUCCACAAUGUGUUUUCUUUAGAGUGGCAAAAGUUGUUGACCAAGAAUAUGACUUCUCUGAGAGGGACUGAGCUUUCGCGAAAUUUACUAGAAGAGGUUAUUAUCAAAAACAUCCCCUCUAAGGGCGAGCUGACCUAUGGCCAAAUUGGGACGAUAGUAAUGAUAUGGCUUGGUUCUGGGAAGCCAACUGAUGAACUAUGCAAGAAGAUAGCAGAAAAGGUUGAAGGGAAUUUACCAUGUAAAUGGAUAAAAUACAUUAGGGACUUGAGUGGAUUUACAGCAUCAAAAAUUUCAGAAGAACCUGCAAAAGACCAUUUCCUUCAGAAUCCAACAGAGGUAGCUUCUGUGCUCAACUUUUAUGAAGCUCUGGAUGAUACCUAUCGUCCUAACUGGAGACAAUCAGAUUAUGUGUCACCCAGUUGUUUUUUGUAUCUGGUUGAUCGGCUUUUGGUUUUGACAUUUCGGUCUACUGGACUCCUUUUCAUCACAAAAUCUUCACUUGUUGAGUGGCUUAUUUGUGAGCAACCCAAUGCCAACCAAACGCCCAAUGCAGUACCUGAUAUUCAGAUUCUUAGUGGCGUUUUUGAAUUUUUGGCUGGCAUAAUCAAGGAGAUCCUGUAUAAUAAGCAAGAUACAGCAGAAUGGAUUCGUAAAUCAGGGAUCAAUUUUGAUGUGUACUACCCGUUGAUGGUGCUGAAACUGGUUAUCACCUUAUGCUUGCUGGCUGUGAAUAGUGGUAGAUAUUUCAAUAUACUUUAUGAGAUGCUGAAGAAGGGUUAUAUCACUAAUUGUUUGCCAAGGGAAUUCUCAGAUGUUCUUAGGAGGAGGUAUCAUAAUUCUCGGAUGCAUGUAAAUGCAAAUGUACUUGCACAAGCGCUCGUGAAGAUUGGGGAUCCUCUUGUUAUAGUGAGCUGGAGAGAGAAUUGUCCCAACAUUGCAAUUCCAGCUGCCAUUUUUGUAGACAUGAGAGUUGCUCAUUGCAGAGCAGACAUCAUGAGCGUGUUGUUUCCAGUGAAGAACAAACCUUCCAAAGGUACAACUGCCAAUUCAAGCUGCAAACAGAAUUCUUCCAACAAAUCCAAUGAAGAAGGUAAAGCUUCUGCAGCUCCAGAUUCAGACUUAGUUUCCAUGGAAGAUCAGAAGAUGGUCAAUGAGAAUACAAAUGAAGGGAAGCAGCAAAUGAAUAGUGGACUCUUUCUGGAAAUGUGAUGCAUUAAAGUCCCUGGAAAAUGUAGGCGGAGGAAACCCUACAAAUUUGUUAGUAUUGCCUCGAGGAUGAAGUUUGAAUUUCAUUUUCAUCCCCAUUCUCUCUAUUCUCUCUCUGUGUACCCAAAAAUCCCUCGUUGGGUUCUCUGUGAACGCGAAAACCAAUCUAAGACGCUGCUCCCUCAUUGUCGCCGGCAUCUGCAAGGUGCUCUCUCUCUCUCUCUCUCUCUCUCUCUCUCUCUCGCCCACGCCUUCAUCUUCAUCCUCAUUCUCUCUCUCUCCGUGUGCCCAAAAACCAAGCUGAGACGCCGCUCCACCGUUGCCAACGGCAUCUACAAGAUUUGGUCGUCGUUAGCUCGCUCCUCUAUCAAUUAGUAUUUGAGAAGAUCUAGCCGCGACCGGUCGUUCCCUCUCCCCUCACCGUCGGUCAUUCCCACUCUGCCUGAAUAUGAAGAGCCCAGAAAGAGUUUUUCCAACAUUUGCAUAUGUCUGGCAACAGCCAAAAGUUCCGGGAGAUAGCUUUUUGUGCAAUUACAUCAAAUGAGCAAGUAAAAGGUUAUGGCACCAGCAAACUGAUGAAUCACUUUUUCGCAGCAUACCCAUGAUGUUGAUGCCGUUGGUUUUGUUCAGUUUGGUUUGUAAUUUGUAAAUGAUACAUUUCAAAAGCUAUGAGAACCUUUUAGAAAGGGAUUUGGAUGUUUCAGUUUAUAUUGAUGAGCACAUCUGUAACACAUUUUAGUUAUAUCCAAUGGUGGUGAUUUUGUUGUAA